AAUUCUAUCUAUUUCUAUUUCUAUUUCUAUAAAUGUAAGAUCAAAAGUGAACUCUCUACAAUGCACACGACGUUGUCACAUAUAUACACAUAGUCUCAUUUCCACUCGAUCAACUUUAAUUCUAAGCCCCAUUGUGAACUAAUGCUAGCUUUAUAAUUAAUUAAGAUGGCUACAACAACUUCUGUUAUAGGGUCUCAAUUCAUUUCACCAAACCCACUUGAUAUUAAGAUCGAAAUGUAUGCUGCCGGAACACUCGUAAUCACUGAUGAAAAGAACAAAAUAAUACUCAAAGUAAGACCAUGCGACACUACUUUCCAUCGUCAGCGGUGGAUACUAGACGCUAAUGACAUACCCAUAGUAAAGCUACGGGAGAAGAAAUUGAGUGCACAUAGUAGAUGGAAUGUAUUCACGGGUGAAGGUACAAAUGAUACGGAUAUUAUAUUCACCACAAGAAACGACAACAUGAUCCAGUUUGAGACAUGUGUAAACGUCUACUUGGGAAACGAGCAUAAUUGCAACGAGGAUUAUGACUUCCAAAUCAAAGGAAGCUGGCCUAGGAAAAGUCUUAGUAUUUAUAUGGGAAAUUCAAUAAUAGCCAACACGAAUAUAGAGCAAUCGUUGGAGUAUAUGGCGGCGGAAAGGAACUUUAUGGUAAGAAUUAACCCUAACGUGGAUUGUGCAUUUGUGGUCGCACUUAUUGCAAUUGUUGAUGCUAUGAAUUGUCCAAAACAAGCUCAGGCUGUUGUUAAUAAUAAUGGAGCUGGAGGUAUGAGUGUGAUGAAUAUUGUGAGUACCGUGAGUUCCAUUGCAACUGCGAUCAAAUGGGUAGAUAAAGCCGUUGAAUUUUUCGAUGAUAGCUAAUUAGUUGAUCAUGAAGAUAUAUGUACGUGAUCAUCUCUCAAACUAUGAUAAAAUUAUUAAUGGGUGGAUAAGGCGUGAUCAUAUCACGUGUGGCCAAUUAUAAGACUUACCUCCCUCAUACUUUGUUCUACGGAUUUGGUACUGUUGUUGUAGUAUUGGAAAAAAUUUCCAAUCUAGCCUAACUAGGUCCAUGGAUCUAGCUAGGUUGCAACUACCAUAUGCAUAUAUAGAACCUCCUCUGUUCAUCCUCCAACUUCACAAUUUCUAUAGAUAUAUAUACGUCAUAUCCAUCCUUUCUUUUCUUUUUUAUUUUAUUUUUCCUAUUUUGUUGUACGAUACAAUCAUUUAUUUUGGCAUGAGGUGGGCUUUCAAGUUUGAACCUGUAAAAGUGUAAAUCCCUCCCUUUAUUUGUAAUUUGGUUAUAAUAUGUUUGGAAUGACUCUUUUAAUUUGGUAUCUUAA